CCUGGCUGUGGAGCUGCCGGGCUGAGACCCCAGGCUGAGACUCACACCCUGCCCAAUGGUGCUGCCUGGCCACUGAACCUUCCUUGUCCCAGGAAAAGGGGUCCCUGAGACUAGGACCCACUGGGGCAUUUGCUCCCCCUCUGCCCCUUGGGUACCCUGGGCUCCCCCAGCCUCUCUGCCUUGGUUUCCCUGGGGAGAGCAGGCUGGCAGCAUGGGAACGGGGCAAUGGACAAUCAGGGUUUCUAGAAGUUCGGGGAAUGAUGGACGUGAAGCAGGAGGAUGUCUGUGAGCUUUGGGUGUGGCUCAAUCCUGGCCACCCCCUGGGCUCCAUCCUAUCAACCUGGACCCUCUCCAGCAGUGGGGUCUGAGCCUGCUGCCAGCAGCCUAAGAAUCCACCACCUCUUCUGAGGGUACGGGGCUGUGGCUCAGCCUGGGGUAGAACACCAGUACAACCACUCUCUGGCACUGAGGAUCCUGAGGCAGGAUCUGUCCCACCACUGACAGACCCUAGAACCAAUGGGAACAGCCAGGAGGGAGCCCCUGGGAUGCACCUCACACUCCUCCCCAGACACAGGGCAAGCACAGGGCAGCACUUGGUCACAGCGUGCUCUGGGCUGGGUCUCACACAAGGCUGCAUUCAUCUGGACCUGGGGGACAGGCCCAGCACUGUCACCCAAGCCGGACACAGGUUAUCCCUGCUCUUGUGUAACCUGUUGCAUAAAGCUGGCGUGAGCCGGAGUGCUGCCAGCAGUGGGGCUAUAAAGGUGGGUGCAGCCUCUCCUGCCCACAUCCACUCCAGGACGAGUAUGACAGCAGCACUGUCCAGCCUGGCUCUGGCCCUGCUCUGCCUGCUGCAGGCAGGGGCCCAGGUCCCUGUGCAGCCAGACCUGGACACCGAAAAGUUUGCAGGGGUGUGGUAUGUCACAGCCGUUGCUUCCAACUGCUCCAUCUUCCUGAAGAUGAAGGAUGGGAUGAAGUCAUCCAUGGCCAUCAUCAGCUUCAUGCCAGAAGGGGACCUGGCCCUGAAGCUGCUCUGGCCCCUGAUGGACAAAUGCCAAAAGUUUGAGCUGCUCUUACAGCAGAGUGGGCAGGCGGGGCACUACACGGGAGCACAAGACAAGAGGGAUCUGCGUGUGAUGGAGACGGACUACAGCCACUAUGCUGUCGUGCACGAGGCCCAUGACAGCGAGGCAGAGCCCAGCUCAGCGCUGCAGCUGCUCACAAGGGAGCAGGACGUGAGCCCCCAGCUCCUGCAGAAGUUCACACAGCUCAUUCCCACCAUGGGCCUGACCAAGGACAUGCUGGCCAUCCUGCCCAAGUCAGGUGAGUGGCCUGAGGACACAGGGUGGCAGCUAUGGCCCCUCUGCAUGGGGACUGCACAGGGGCUCAGUGCUCCAAUGGCACACUCACCUCUCUCUUUGCUUUCCAACAGAUCAGUGCACCAGGGACAUCAGCUGAAGAGACCACAUGUCCUCCUAGUGGACGAUGGGCUCUGCAUCCACUCUGUGGUGCUCCUUCCUAUCCUCCAGGUUCUGCCAGACCCCCUGCUCCACACCAGGAUCACCGUCAACCUCCUAAAUAAACAGAUGCAGAAGCUGCCCCAGAGCUCGGUGCUUUGUUGGUGGGAGUAGGGUGCUGCCAGGGACCCCAGGCACCCUGAGCCAAACAGUCCUCGAGCUGACCCUUCCUGUCAGGUCCCCACGGGUGCUAGGGGCUCCUUGGGUGUGAUGUUU